CUCCCUUAGACACUUCCGGAAUUAUGCGGCCUGCAUGGUGACUUGCAAACUUGAUUCUAAAAGCAGUUUGAAUUCACCAACCCGUGCCUUCUGAGGCAUACCGACGAACACUUUGCAUAGAGUACACGUCAGGAGAUUUGUUGUAUCAAAAGCAGGAGUACACAUCGUUUACAACAUGAGUAUUCUUGCCUACAAUGGGGCAGCUAUCAUUGCCAUGAAGGGGAAAAACUGUGUGGCCAUUGCAGCUGACCGAAGGUUUGGCAUCCAGGCACAGACAAUAAACAUGGAAUUUGACAAAGUCUUUGAGAUGGGACCACAUUUAUAUAUAGGCCUACCAGGCUUAGCAACUGAUGUGCUGACCAUUUCACAAAGACUGAAGUUCCGACUCAACUUGUAUGAGCUGAGGGAAAAUAGAAGGAUCAAGCCCAAGACAUUCAUGAGCAUGGUGUCCAAUCUGCUGUAUGAAAGGAGGUUUGGACCCUACUUUGUGGAGCCUGUGAUCGCAGGUCUCGAUGCCAAGACAGGAGAACCAUACAUAGCAUCCAUGGAUCUGAUUGGUUGCCCAAUGGAGACAGAUGACUUUGUUGUCAGCGGCACAUGCUCAGAACAGAUGUAUGGAAUGUGCGAGUCACUGUGGGAACCGGAUCUGGAACCGGAUGACCUGUUUGAGACAAUAUCUCAGGCAUUGAUGAAUGCCUUUGACAGAGAUGCUGUGUCUGGUUGGGGUGGUGUUGUCUAUAUCAUUGAAAAGGACAAGGUGACGAAGAAACUACUGAAGACUCGAAUGGAUUAGUUUUAUUCCCAUGUAUAUUCAACACUGUGUAAUGUAUUGCGCUGUCAGAAGAAACAUCACCUUCAAACUUCAUCCACAAAGUGGCACUGUCAGUUCCAUUUCAUGUACUAAAACAAUUUAAACCAAA